CGAAGAGCAAUAAAAGGGCCAGAACCAGAGGCCUUUCCUGUAUCAGAGACAGAGAAUUUAAUGUAGAGUCACCUCACAAACCACUAAGUCUCUAGUUGUGUUCUCCUUGUGCACUAUUUUCUCUAGCUGGACUCUGUACCCUAUUUUAGACUUCUGCAAUUUGCUAUUCUUCGUCAUCCUUCGGUCUCUACAUGUUAGUUCUCUCUCCAGCUAGGUUGCCUUUUAGGGUACAAUUAGCUUUCCUUUUUAUUGGUAUAUAUUAAUAAUACAUUGGUUUGAAGGGGUCACAAGAGGUUGAGUUAUUUAGUUUAGGCGAGAGAAGUUAAGUUUCUGCUGCGAACUUUCAAAAAGAUGAGACCAAAGAUUUAUCUUUUUGGUGACUCAAUAACUGAAGAGUCUUUUGCUGAUGGUGGAUGGGGUUCAUCUCUCGCCAAUCAUUUCUCUCGCACGGUUGAUGUGGUGCUAAGAGGGUAUAGUGGGUACAAUACCCGGUGGGCUCUAAAGGUGAUAGACAGUGUUUUCUCGGCAGAGAAAGACGGCGAUGGUGAUGGUGCACCAGCAGCAGUUACGGUGUUCUUUGGAGCAAAUGACGCCUGUAUUCCGGAUCGAUGUUCUGCGUUUCAGCACGUACCUGUUGAUGAAUACAAGCAAAAUCUCCACUCUAUUAUCUCGUAUCUCAAGAAUAAGUGGCCAACAGCCCUCAUUCUCCUUAUCACUCCACCUCCAAUUGAUAAAGAGGCACGCCUUAGGUAUCCUUAUGUUGAGAAUCCAAUGGGUCUGCCUGAGAGGACAAACGAGGCAGCCGGUGUUUAUGCCAAAGCAUGUACUGAACUUGCUGUCGAGAUCCCUGUGGUAGAUCUCUGGACCAGAAUGCAGCAGUUUCCUGGCUGGCAAAAAGCCCUUCUAAGGGAUGGAUUGCACCUCUCUCAGGCUGGAAACAGGAUUGUUUUCGAGGAAGUGGUUGCAAAGCUGAAGAAGGCAGGCCUGAGUGUGGAAAAGUUGCCAGUUGAUCUCCCGCUUAUAUCAGAGAUUGACCCUAAUGACCCACUCAAAGCUUUUGAGAAGUAUUUAUGAGUGGAUGUGUGACUUCUUAAAUAGCUCGUAACAGACAAGCAAGUUAUAUUCAAUGUAUGGUUGAGCCCCUUAUGGCUUUGAAGGCGGCUGUGUUGAUGAAAACUUUUGCUGUCGUUUUUCUGAAAGCAGAAACAGAUUCACGUUAGUAGUAAGUUCGUGUGAAACAUUAAUAAAGCGGCAUGAACCAGCCACCUGGUUCAAAUAUAGUUUCUGAA